CUAUCAGGCUCUUACUGCGUAAAAUACAGACCACUGUAGCUGCACGAUGUGCUACGAUGCAACGACUUUGAAGUUUUAGUUUGGACUGGGGAAUAGCAAGUUGAUGUUUUUUCAAUGAAGGCAACAGGAUAAAAGGUUUAAUCUUCAGAAUACAUUGCACUAGGGCUUUAAUUGCAUUCAUUUAAUUUUAUCAGGCGACGUUUUGUGCCAUUAAUUCCAAAGCCCUCUUUACAGUAUGAGGUGCAGUUAUGGCAAGCAGUAGUAAUAAGUCAGUUACGAGGACCCUGGAGGAUUUGACGCUUGAUUCGGGUUAUGGUGGAGCAGCGGACUCCUUCAGGUCUUCCAGUGCUUCACUGUGCUGUUCCGAGGCACAUAUACCGUAUGCGCAUGGGGCGAAUUUCUGGCAUUUAACCGACUCCAUGCACAGUCGCCACAACAGCCUAGACACUGUCAACACCGUCCUGGUCGAAGACGCCGAGAACCUGGAGUGCUUCGGACAGUGCGCUAAACUACCCGAGCUAGAGGACGUGCCAUGGAGCCUCGGGGAAGUAGAGAGCGCACUAAACAAGGACGAAGAGUUGAGACUGGGGGUCGUGUCACAGGAGAUCCUGGCUAGGCUCUCGGUCCUCAUCAGCCGUGCGCUCGUGAGGGUCGCGAAGGAAGCGCAGCGCCUGAGUUUGCGCUAUGCCAAAUGCACCAAAUAUGAGAUUCAAAGUGCCGUUAAGGUUGUCAUGUCUUGGUCUGUCUCUGUGAACUGCAUCACAGCGGCACUCAGUGCAUUGUCCAUGUACAACAUGAGCACUGAGGACAAGUUCAGCCGCGGAAAGUCGCUCCGGUGCGGACUAAUUUUUAACGUGGGGAAGUUCUUCAGGUGGAUGGUGGACAGCCGGGUUGCGGUGAGGAUCCACGAGCACGCGGCCAUCUACCUGACAGGGUGCAUGGAGAGUCUUUUCCGAGAGGUGUACGCGCGGGCACUGCGCAGCGCACUCGUGGAAAAAGAUAACGGGAUCCCUAAGUUCACAGUCGAGUCCCUCGAACAGGCCAUCAACAACGACUCGGAGUUAUGGGGGUUCCUGCAGCAAUAUCAACACCUCAUUUGUGGGAAGAAUGCGAGUGGUGUGCUAAGCCUACCAGAGAGCCUGACUCUGCAUCGGGACCAGCAGCGGUCAGGGAAGAGUGGGGAGGGCCAUGCCUACAGUCAGUCGGAGCUGCGCUCCAUCGAACAGUGCCUGCUAGCCACACGCGUAGGCAGCAUCUCAGAACUCAGUGACCUGGUCUCCCGGGCCAUGCACCACCUCCAGCCGCUGCAUGUGAAGAACCACAGCAACGGGACGCCCAUCCACCAGAAGAGCAGCUCAGUGCACUGGGAGCCUGAGGCGCUCUAUACCCUCUGCUACUUCAUGCACUGUCCCCAGAUGGAGUGGGAGAACCCCAACGUAGAACCCUCCAAGGUUACCCUGCAGACAGAGAGGCCUUUCCUAGUGCUGCCUCCCCUGAUGGAGUGGAUCAGGGUGUCGGUGGCUCAAGCCGAGCACCGCCGCAGCUUCUCAGUGGACAGUGACGACAUCCGGCAGGCCGCCAGGCUGCUACUGCCAGGGGUGGACUGUGAACCACGCCAGCUCAAGACGGAUGACUGUUUCUGUGCUUCCCGCAAGCUGGAUGCAGCUUCUACAGAGGCUAAGUUCCUCCAGGACCUGGGCUUCCGUAUGCUCAACUGUGGCCGGACCGACCUGGUGAAACAGGCUGUCAAUCUGCUGGGGCCUGACGGCAUCAACAGCAUGAGUGAACAGGGAAUGACCCCUCUGAUGUACGCCUGUGUGAGAGGGGACGAGGCCAUGGUCCAGAUGCUGUUGGACGCUGGAGCAGACAUCAACAGUGAGGUGCCAAACACAGUGCACAAGCACCCCUCAGUCUACCCCGAAACGCGCCAGGGGACACCUCUCACUUUCGCCGUGUUACACGGACAUGUCCCUGUUGUGCAGCUGCUACUGGAUGCUCGGGCCAACGUAGAGGGCUCCCUACAGGAUGGCAUGGAGAACUACACAGAGACCCCGCUACAGCUGGCCUCCGCUGCAGGUAACUUUGAGCUGGUCAGUCUGCUGUUGGAGCGGGGAGCAGACCCCAUGGUGGGAACUUUGUACCGUAAUGGCAUCUCUACAGCUCCUCAGGGAGACUUGAACUCCUACAGUCUAGCAGCAGCACAUGGACACAGGAACGUGUUCCGUAAGUUGCUGUCCCAGACAGAGAAGGGAAAAGGGGACGUGCUAUCCCUGGAGGAGAUCCUGGCUGAGGGGACAGAGGAGGAGAGGGGCCUGGAGGAGAGGAGCCCCUCCCAGCUGGACCUGGUCCGGACAGGCAAGGCCAAGCUCAAGGCCCUGAGAGAGGCCAUGUACCACAGCUCUGAACACGGACACGUGGAUAUCACCAUCGACAUACGCAGCCUGGGAGUCCCCUGGACGUUGCACACCUGGCUGGAGUCUCUGCGGACAUGUUUCCUGCAGCACCGGAGACCACUGAUCCAGGGCCUGCUCAAGGAGUUCAGCUGUAUCGAGGAGGAGGAGUACACACAGGAGCUCAUCACCCACGGCCUGCCACUCUUGUUUCAGAUCCUACGAGCCAGCAAGAAUGAGGUAAUCAGCCAGCAGCUGUCAGUGAUCUUCACCCAGUGCUACGGGCCAUACCCCAUCCCCAAACUCACAGAGAUCAAGAGGAAACAAACCUCACGCCUUGACCCUCACUUCCUGAACAACAAGGAUAUGUCAGAUGUGACCUUCCUGGUGGAGGGCAAGCCCUUCUACGCCCACAAAGUCCUGCUCUUCACCGCCUCCGGCAGGUUUAAGUCUCUUCUGGCGAACAGACCAGCUGCUGAAAACACAUGUAUUGAAAUCAGCCACGUCAAAUACAACAUAUUCCUGCUGGUGAUGCAAUACCUGUACUGCGGUGGGACGGAGCAUCUGCACAUCAGAAACACAGAGGUUAUGGAGCUGCUGUCAGCGGCCAAGUUCUUCCAGCUGGAGGCGCUGCAGAGGCACUGUGAGGUCAUCUGCUCUAAGAACAUCAACACAGAAACCUGUGUGGAGAUCUACAGCCACACCAAGUUCCUGGACUCCCCAGAGUUGGCUGCCUACAUCGAGGGCUACUUCCUGAAGAACAUGGUGGUGCUGAUCGAGCUGGAGCCCUUCAAAACGCUGCUAUACGACACGCCCCCAGGCAGCCCCGCCACGAACGUACUGCUGGACCUGGAGAAGACCCUGGGCAUCCGCAUCCAGUCCAUCCACCUGUCCUCCUCCAAGGGCUCCAUCGUCUGAUUGGUUGAUUGAUUGGUUGGUUGGUUGAUUGAUUGAUUGAGCUGCUACUGGGACUGGAACUGUCUAUCUGUCACCAUUGUCCCCAGUACAAUACAUACCUGUACUGAACCACAAUCGACAGUAACGCUAUUGAAUCACUUGCUGUGCUGACUCACGUCAUUGCCAUUCCCCUGCAGCCUACUGAGCCUAUAGGUCCGAGCAGUUAGGCAAAGUGGACAGCGCUGGAACCUCUGUAGAGCUGUAGUAAAGAUGAUUGAUCAAAGCAAUAGUGGGACUAUAUCACUGAGACCCAGUGAGAAGAGUGUGUGUGUCUGGGAUCAUUUGUAAAGCUCCAGUCAACAUUGCUUCGCUCCUUGAAAUUAGUCUCCAGACUGCAGUCAAACCUGCCAUUGUCCACUUGUAUUCUGGACAGAAUCGUUGUUGGUACUUUUCUUAGCAUUGUUCUGCAAUCCUACAUAGCUUUAUAGUCUAUUUAUGACUGGACCUAGCCAAACUAAACAUAAGAGCAGACUUGGGUUCAAAUACUUUUUGAAAUCUAGUCUGCCUGGAGUUUCAGAUGGGUGGGGUUUGCACUUUUGCGACUAAUAUAUUGGUUCCAUUGCAACAGGGAAGCUCAAUCGCCCAUUUCUUAAAAGGAUGUAAAACGAUUUCAAAUAGUAUUUGAACCUAGGUCUGUUAAAUGUAACGUGAUAUAUGGACAUACUGUUUGUAAUGUGUUCAUAUCUUUCAAGGGAGUCAUGCAAAGGAGAGAGGUAUUGGGAAAUUCUUCAAGCUACGUUUGGGAAAGCUGGAGAACGCAGGAACACAUUUCCUUCCUUCAUCCGAUGUUAGAACUGUGUAAAUAUUGUGAAUAAAACACAGAGCUUUGGCUCUUCCUGUAAGUUAAUGUAUAUAUCCUACAGAUGUUUCUUCUCAUGCGUCUCACCAUUGAAUAUUGCUGUAAAAAAACGCUCUUCUUUUCAAUGUGUUAUCGUUCUGUAUGUUUCAAGUUGCAUGUCACGAGAAUGACUGUUUUGUUUGUGUUCCGUUUGGUUUAAGAGUGGCAUGAGACUGUAGGAGGGAGUGGGAGGGGUAGAGGAGUGAUACUGUCAGCAUGAAUCUCUAAAUGUGUACUGGUGUCUUCAUUUCAGGGGAGAACGACGAAGGGCCUGGAUCUGUAUUCAAAAAGUGUCUCAGAGUGGGAGUGCUGAUCUAGGAUCAAGCCCUCCUGUCUGUUUCAUCUUAUUCAUUAUGAUCUAAAAGGCUAAAACAGGCCCUAGAUCAGCACACGUACUCUGAGACAUUUUAUGGUUAGGGGCCUGGUUCAAAAUAUUACCAGGGUCUUAAAUCUUAAACCGGAGAAGCGUCUUUUGUGUUUUCCAGACAUUGUGAAACCACAUGUAAAUGUGUGACUUCCUCUAUAAAGAUUAAUAUAAAGAAUUAUAUGAAUCCUCUAUCAACUGGUACAAUUCUUGGCUCGACAACAAUCUCAACUCUUUUUCCUGCUGUGAAAACUUCAAACCUAAAUAAAUGUUUUCCAGUUGUUGUUGGAACCUGUG